AUAUUUACAGCAAUAAAAGAAAUGUUAUUGUAGAAAAGAGUUAUUGCUACAAAAACGCAUCUUGUUCAAAUAAAAACGCGAUAGACAUCUAAGUUUAAUUAUUCACGACUUAUCGCAUUCAUUUUAUUUGUGUCUCGUAUUUCACCAUUUCAUUCAAAAAGUAAACAGUGAAAUGUAUUAAACAAGAUACAAAAUGUCUUUAAGUAAAAGUUCUUUACUACCAAAUGUUUUAAAAAACCUUUUUGUGAGUGAUGUGAGGAUCGUAAGAUGUAGUCAUUUUGUUUAUAAUCCUGACCCUAAACCUGCAAUCAAUGGAGAAAGAACGAAAAUGAACAUGUUCCAAGCUAUCAACAAUGCUUUGGAUACGGCUCUGAAAACCGAUCAGAAAGCUAUAGUUUUUGGAGAGGACGUUGGGUUUGGUGGAGUUUUUCGGUGUACAUUAGAUUUGCAAAAGAAGUACGGAAAGAGUAGGGUCUUUAACACUCCACUCUGCGAACAGGGAAUUGCAGGAUUUGGUAUAGGAGCAGCUGCUGCCGGAUCCACAGCCAUCGCCGAAAUUCAGUUCGCCGAUUAUAUUUUCCCAGCCUUUGAUCAAUUAGUGAACGAAGCAGCCAAGUACAGAUACAGAAGUGGGGAUCAAUUCGAUUGUGGAAAAUUAACAAUAAGAGCCCCAUGUGGAGCUGUGGGCCACGGAGGACUUUACCACUCUCAAAGUCCAGAAGCUUAUUUUGCUCACACACCAGGUUUAAAGGUAGUAAUUCCCAGGGGUCCAAUCAAAGCCAAAGGUUUGCUGUUAAGCUGUAUUAGAGAUCCAGAUCCUUGCUUGGUAUUUGAACCCAAAGCACUGUACAGAGCGGCUGUUGAAGAAGUUCCUGUUGCGGAUUAUCAAUUGCCAUUAGGAAAAGCAGAUAUUCUCAAGGAAGGAAAGGAUAUUACUAUGAUAGGUUGGGGUACACAGGUGCACGUUUUGUCGGAAACAGCCGAAAUACUAGAAAAAGAAUAUAAAAUCUCUUGCGAGGUCAUAGAUUUGGUAUCGAUUUUGCCUUGGGAUCAAGAUACUGUUUGCAGGUCUGUAUGUAAAACUGGAAGGGUGCUAGUAGCACACGAGGCACCUCUAACAUCCGGUUUUGGAGCUGAAAUUGCUGCAACAAUUCAGGAUCAUUGUUUCUUAAAUUUGGAAGCACCUGUGGCUAGAGUGACAGGACCUGAUACGCCAUUCCCUCACGUUUUUGAACCUUUUUAUCUUCCCACAAAAUGGAGAUGCAUAGAGACUGCUCUAAAGUUGAUGGAUUAUUAAAAUAAUACAGAGUGUAAAUGAAUAAGUGCGAAAAAAAACUCUACAAGUUAUUUACAAAGUAAGAAUUUAGAAUAAAUUUUCUCUAAUAGUACACUCUAUGCCAGGUGAAUGUAUUUAUAUAAAUUAAGAUUAAAAUAUAUUUGCCUAGCAUCUCAGAUGAAAUGUAUAAUUGACUUUUUAUGGAAAACCAACAUAUUUUACAAGAAGUAAACACCAAAUUAUUUUGUACUUAAGUCAUUUAUACCCUCUACAGCAUUGUCAUACCAUCAUGUUUAAAUUAAUUUGUAUUUGCCAUAUUUUUUAAUAAAAGAAUUAUUAAUAUGA